CGUAUGAUGCUACGCCACUUGCACGAAGAAGCCAAAAGCGCUUCUUUUUUUUUCAAAGCACUCUUUGCGUGCACUGCAUUAGAACUCAGAAUCCUUUGCUUUAAUGAUUCGGCGCUGCAGUUAUAAGCGCUAACGCAACGUUACAAGCACCAAGGCGACACGCGAAGCCCCCGUCCAUGGCGUCGUCGUCUCCCUCCCCUUGUCCCUCUUCGCCUCUCAAGGACGUGAUCGGCGACCUCGACCGCGGCGCCUUCGUCUCCCUCCUCUCCAAGCUCAUCGGCGAGUCCCGCUACGUCCAGAACAACCCCCCCGACCUCGUCCCGCAAGAGGAUCGCGUCGCCCGCCACGUGCUCGACGCGCUCCUCCCCCUCUCCACCACCCCCUCCGGCGCUGGUGCCGGCGCCGGCGCAGGAGGGCCGCUCAUCGUCUCCCAUGUUAGCUACGCCGAGGGCCGGGGCAACGUCAUCGUCGAGUACCCGGGCACCGUCCCCGGCCGCGUCGUUUCCUUCGUGGGCAUGCACAUGGACGUCGUCACCGCCGACCCCCGUGAUUGGGUUUUUGAUCCCUUCUCGCUCGGCGUGGAGGGGGACGAGCUCCGGGGGCGGGGGACGACGGAUUGCCUCGGACAUGUGGCGCUCGUGACGGAGCUGAUGCGGAGGCUGGGAGAGACGAAGCCGAAGCUGAAGCACUCGGUGGUCGCGGUGUUCAUCGCCAACGAGGAGAAUUCCUCGGUGGUGGGGAUCGGUGUGGACGGGUUGGUGAAGAAUGGGUUGCUCGAUAAGCUAAAGGCGGGACCUUUGUUUUGGAUUGACACAGCGGAUAAGCAACCUUGCAUCGGCACGGGAGGGAUGAUUCCGUGGACCCUGAAGGCUACAGGGAAGCUAUUCCAUAGUGGUCUUGCUCACAAGGCAAUCAAUGCUAUGGAGUUGGAAAUGGAAGCACUCAAAGUGAUUCAGACAAGAUUUUACAAAGACUUCCCUCCGCAUCCCAAGGAAACAGUUUACAAAUUUGCUACACCAUCAACUAUGAAACCAACUAAAUGGAGUUAUCCUGGUGGUGGCAUAAACCAGAUUCCAGGUGAAUGUACAAUAUCAGGGGACAUAAGGUUGACUCCUUUCUAUAGCCCUACUGAUGUAGUCAAAAAGUUGCGAGAGUACGUUGAUGAUAUAAACGCUAAUAUCGAGAAGCUAGAUACACGCGGCCCAGUUUCAAAAUAUGUUCUUCCUGAUGAAAAUAUUAGAGGAAGGCUUGAAAUUAAUUUUGAUGGAGAUUUGAUGUCGGGAAUUGCUUGUAAUCUUGAUUCUCGUGGCUUUCAAGUGUUAUGCAAGGCGACUAAGGAAGUGGUUGGUCAUGUAGAGCCUUAUUCAAUCACUGGAAGUUUGCCCUUGAUUCGAGAAUUACAGGAUGAAGGAUUUGAUGUUCAGACCACUGGUUACGGUAUAAUGAACACGUACCAUGCGAAGAACGAGCACUGCUUAUUCUCUGAUAUGUGCCAGGGCUUUCAAGUGUUUGUGAGCAUCAUCUCCCAGUUGGAAGAGGACAUUAACCGACAAAACUAACUCGGUUUAUCCUCUGAUACACUGCAAAUGCCUCAUUCCAUGAAUUAUAAAGUUUUAUGUGUCCAGCAUAAAUUAACUACUACUCGGAAAAUACUCUUAUCUUCACCUUGAAUCAACUUGUGGAAUGUAAGUUCUUUUUUUUCCUUUUUCGUAAUUUAGUAAUUUGAUUCCAGUUGUGAAAACACUAUUGAAACCUUGUGGAAAAUAACAUAAUCUUGUGAGAUAGUAUGGUAUGAACAAAUUUGGUGAAAUAAGUUGACAAUGUCGUUGUA